AUGGCAUCCAACAUCAAGAUGGACAACAAUCCUGCAUUCGACCGCAUCCCGCCCUGGGUGAAGUCGAAGCUCCGGCCCAUUGCCAUUGAAAAGAUCCAGCAGGUCUACGAUUGGGUUGAGAAUGAGUGCAUACCCGCCGAACGCAUUUACAAAGCCCAAUUGGAAGGCAACCGAUGGAAGACGCCCGCUAUCAUCCAUGAGCUUCGGCAAAAGGCAAAGGCGCAGGGCCUCUUCAAUCUGUUCCUACCGAACCAUUUCGAAGAGAGUCCUGGCUUGACGAAUCUCGAGUAUUCUUGCUGUGCUGAGAUUAUGGGACGAGUCUACUGGGCGGCACAGACGAUGAAUUGCCAUGCUCCCGAGACAGGCAAUAUGGAACUCCUCGCAAAGUACUGCACUCCAGAGCAGAAAAAGCGCUGGCUCCACCCAUUGAUGAACGGCGACAUGUCUUCAGCAUACAGCAUGACAGAGCCAGACGUCGCCUCUUCUGACGCCACACAAAUCGGCAUCAAGAUGGAGAUCACAGAUAAAGAAGUCAUCAUCAACGGACGCAAACUCUACGGCAAUUGCCAGUACAACGAAGAAAUGCAACUCUUCGUCCUAAUGGGCUGUUCGGACCCCAACAACCCAGACCGAUUCCGCCGCCACACGACCCUAGUCGUACCCGCGAAGACCAAGGGCCUCAAACAGGUCCGCAACCUCACCAUCAUGGGCUACGACUGGGCGCCCGAAGGUCACGGCGAAUACAUCUACGAAGACGUGCGGGUUCCCGUCGAGAACAUCAUUCUCGGGCCGGGCCGCGCGUUCGAAAUCGCACAGGGGCGCCUAGGGCCCGGGCGGAUCCAUCACUGCAUGCGUUUGGUCGGGCAGGCAGAGCGGGCGUACGAACUCGCGCUCGUACGCUGCUUCGAGCCGAAUAAGAAGCCGAGGGGGAAGUUCAUCGGCGAGUUUGACAGUAAUAUCGAGCGCAUUGCUGAGAUGCGGAUGACGAUCGACUCGAUGCGUCUUGUUGUGCUUAAUGCGGCUGAUACUAUGGAUCUUCAUGGCAAUAAGGCGGGCCGCUAUGCGAUUGCACAGUCGAAGAUCAUGGUACCCAACGCGCUGAUGAAGGUCAUCGACGAGGCCAUGCAGAUAUAUGGUGGGCAGGGCCUGACGCAACAUACACCGCUACCGGAGCUGUGGACCUACGCACGGUUCGUUAGGGUUGCUGAUGGGCCUGACUCGGCGCAUAGGCAUCAGGUCGGUCGUGACCAGAUGAAAACUGCACAGGCGUUUAGAGAGCGGGCGGCGGGCUACACGAAGAGAUAUAAGGAGCUUUGUAAGAAAUGGAACCUUGAACCGGAGGAGUUUUGGGGGAUUGUCUGAGGGACAGAGAGUUGUAGAUUUGGUCGCAUUUGCAUGUUCUGUAUAU